GUUUGAUGUACGUUUUCAAGAACUUCCAUGUGGGAAACAAAUUCAAACGAUCUCAUCUCCCAUUUUAUUAUCCCAUGCGUACAAAAUGUGUAUCACCUCGCUGAAUCAGUAUCAUGUUCAUGACAACUAUCUGAACAUCGCCUCUGUAGCGGACUAGAUUUGAGACUACAACCCCAGGCUUCAAGAUGUCCAUCGUCCGUCCUAACGUGCACACGUGCACGCCCUCCGGUCCGUGGCUGCAUUUCGACGGGCAAUGUGAGGCGGAAAUGGACCUGAUUACGAGGAUUCAAAGCAUCCCGAUCCCUUUGGACCAUAUCAGCGAAGUUCUGCACCCGAAGUACGCAAUCAUUCUUGGUGUGGGAUUGGCCUGCUACGUCGGUGGUAUGGAACUUUUUAGUGUUUUUUUUUGAAGAUUUCCUCCCAAUGGAUGUAGCACGAAACUCGUUGUACUGGCGCAACAGUGAUGUCUUCUUUCUCUUUUUCCACCACGCCAGGUCGGGAAAACCAGCUGCAUUACUACGUGAUUGCCUCUUGGUUGUUGUGCGACACGAGCCAUUUUUUCCUGAAGUGGAUGUUUGCCGGAGACCGGCCGUAUUGGGUGGCAGGCAACAAGUUCCAGCAGUUCGCACACACGUGCGAGGCCGGCCACGGCUUUCCCUCAGGGCACAGCUGCGUCUUGGCCAGUAUCUUGGGGGCGUUCUAUUGGCGAUGCGUGCGGCCGCUCGCGCCGAAGACUCACCGCGCGUAUGGAGCGAUUCUGGUUGCGGGCGAGCUGCUGAUGAUGCUCAGUAAGGACGAAAAUUUGAAAAAUUUUCUUCACAUUUUGAUGUGCAAUAGCAUUUGUGCUCGGUCUAAUCAUAAUGCGUUUGUCGAAGAAAAUGAAAACAUACUUCCUUGCCUUUCCCCAGGUCGUAGCUUCACCGCGUCCCACUUUGUGUCGCAGACGAUCGUCGGAUCGCUGUAUGGGCUGCUGUUUGUGCCGCUGAGCAAGCCUUUCGGCGACCACAUGAUUUUUGCGGCCAAGAACAGGCACAAGUUCACCUUGAAGGACAACAUUAUGCACAUCCUGUGGGCGUUCAGUAUUCCGGCGCUGUUUGCGCUGCUGCAGUACGUGGUUCGGGAGCUUUUGUACGCACAGCUUUUCCAGCGCGACGUCUACCGUUCGGUUCAGCUCGGCCGCGAGGGGUGCUAUGACCCCGCGAAGCUCAAGGUCGGCACGGUGUACCAGGGCCCAUUGUACGAGAUUAUUGGCGUCGCGCUUUUUCUCGCCCUCUCGCUCGGGAACACAACUUUGCGCCGACCACUCUUCGGAAAGGGAGGGGAACCAGUUGGAGAAGGGAAUGAAUCACUGGAAGAGAUUGGCGAUGUGUCAGCAGUGGAGAAAAGUACCAGUGCAGCCAGGUUCAGUUGGUUUCCGUCCUUCAGUUUCGCAAAAAAAGCCACCUCGGACAGCGGCCGUUCGACAGCGUCGUCCAGCACCACAGCUAGCAGCGGCUCGAAUAGCUCCGCUGCUCUGAAAAAACGCGCCCGAAACGCAACGCCCGUCCCGCGGAAGGACGACGCCGGGGCGGCGGACAAGAUGAAAGCCAUCCGAAAAUCGACGUCGCCCAAGCAAAGUAGAAACAAAUCGCCUGCGUCCAGUUCCCCGGGGAAAAAUAAGAAAACCAGCCCAAUGAAGAAGCGCGCGUCGGAGGAAGGAGCGGACGAAAGCGCUGACGCUGCUGCAGAACAAACGUCGAAAUCAGCAACAUCAAGUGCGAUGAAGAAAGAGACGGCAGAGACCGCGACGUCUACAGGAGCAGCAAAAGGGAAAAAGACUUCUUCAACUACUGCCGAAGUUACCAAAAACGUAGCCACGUUGGAACUGAGUCCGACGGAAAUUAUUUACGACAGCUUGGACGAGGUCAAGUACCUGCCACCAAUUCUCUGCAAGAUGCUCAUCUACGUCACGCUCGUGCUGGCCUUUCGGCGCGUUUUGGACUACGACGGCUUGUUCGUUUUUCCCGAUUGGUUCAAGCGACUCUCCUUUGCCUACGUCGCGUUCCGCUUGGUUUGACGGACGCUCUGGACGGACUGUGAUGGGACUUGGCGAAGUGUACAAAAGUUUUUGGACGAUACAAGAUGAUCGCUACAGUUCGAAGAUAUCCCCCCGUUCACGGUAACCAUGACCAUGACGACGUAAGACGUUUAUGAUCUCUGCUAAUCGGAAGAAAAGGGUUUUCGCCUGGAAUUGCCGCGGGGCAAACGAUAUCGAAGAUUCACAAUGUCGUCCGCGAUGGCACUAAAUCGCAUUCGAAGAAAACGACUGAUAACAAAUUGUAAUGAGAAAAAAACGCUUCUCUUAACGCUCUGAGCGUGAGCAGCCCAUACCCAGGAAACCGCAGGUCCGCCACUUGCUAGCAGCAGCUCGUUGUUCGCCUUGUUUC